CAGUUAAAAGUAGUAGCAAUUAGUAGUACAAAAGUGUAACCCAAACCCAAACCCCAAAGUAGGGUGAGAACACAACAAAACUCUAUCUUCCAAAAUAUGGAUUCUCUUUCUCUUUUCUUCACCGCAGCUCUCUUCGCCGGAGGCCUUUACUGGUUCAUCUGUAUCCUUGGUCCCGCCGAACAGAAAGGCAAAAGUUUCACAGAUCUCUCCGGUGGUUCCAUUUCCGCCGAAAAAGUCCAAGACAACUACAAACAAUACUGGUCCUUCUUCCGCCGCCCUAAAGAGAUCGAAACCGCCGAUAAAGUUCCAGACUUCGUCGACACUUUUUACAAUUUGGUUACAGAUAUCUACGAGUGGGGUUGGGGUCAAUCCUUUCAUUUUUCACCUUCAAUCCCUGGUAAAUCACACCGUGAUGCCACGCGCCUCCACGAAGAAAUGGCCGUCGAUCUAAUCGAGGCUAAAUCUGGUGAUAAAAUCUUAGACGUUGGAUGUGGUGUUGGUGGGCCCAUGAGAGCUAUCGCUUCACACUCACGCGCUAACGUCGUUGGUAUUACAAUAAACGAGUAUCAGGUGAAACGAGCCAGGCUACAUAACAAAAAAGCUGGACUCGAUUCUCUAUGCGACGUCGUUUGUGGUAAUUUUCUUCAGAUGCCGUUUCCUAAUAACACCUUCGACGGCGCGUACUCAAUCGAAGCUACGUGUCACGCGCCUAAUCUCGAAGAAGUUUACGCCGAGAUUUUUAGGGUUUUGAAACCCGGCGCACUUUACGUUUCUUACGAGUGGGUCACGACUGAGAAAUUCAAAGCCGAUAACGAUGAACAUGUUGAGAUUAUUCAAGGGAUUGAAAGAGGUGAUGCUUUGCCUGGGCUUAGAAGCUAUAGUGAUAUAGCUGAAGCGGCUAAAAAAGUUGGGUUUGAGGUUGUUAAAGAAAGGGAUCUGGCUAAGCCGCCGUCUGAGCCGUGGUGGAGCCGAUUGAAAAUGGGUAGGAUUGCGUAUUGGCGUAACCACGUUGUUGUAACGGUUUUGUCUGCUUUGGGAAUAGCACCUAAGGGUACUGUUGAUGUUCAUGAGAUGCUCUUUAAGACUGCUGAUUUUUUGACUAGAGGGGGUGAUUCUGGAAUUUUCUCUCCUAUGCAUAUGAUCCUUUGCAGAAAACCUGAUGAAGAUGAUAAAUGAUUAACCCUAAGUUAUCAAGGUCAGCUACUAUCGUUUAAUUAAUUAAAAUAAAAUUUCUCUUUCAAGUGCUUCUUUUCCAUGUUUUUAUUUAUUUAUAAUUUUUAUUUAAUUUUGGAUUUAACUUAUUGUUUUCUUUGAACCGGAUGUAAUUUGCUUUUUGAUAUUUGCAAUGUAGUUUUCUUUUUAUAUUUUUUUAUUUUCAUUUGCCUCAACAAUUGCCGUAUGGACUUUAUUUAUGUCAGUUAGUACUAGUAAUUUGGUUUUGAAGUUCUUACUAUUAGUAGUAGUGUGUUUCAUUUAUUUAAUGGAAUUUAUUUAGGUUGAA